CUUUGCAGGCUGGAGCAGAGUGGGGUUCUCUGGUGCUGCUGAACUAAAGGAAGCUGUUGCCUACCAGGAGGAUCCCGUCCUGCUAUUGUUCCCCCUCCCAGGAUUCCAUCAUUUAAAAAAGGGGCUGAACUUAAAGAAAAUUGCCAUAAAUAGUCAUUUUGUAACCCAAAAAGGGGUGAAUUGAUUUGCAAAAACUCUCUGAAGUUUUGCAACUAGAGCUUUUUUUUAAAAAGUCAUAGUUGCUUAAAACCUCUAGAUCGUGACUCAAAACCACUCCGGUUCCAAAAAAAAAUUUCUUUUUGGGGGGAGGAGAGAGAAAUCUUUGCAACCAGUCGCCAUGGUGGUGUUCAAGAAGAUCAAGACCUUCGAGAUCGUCUUCAGCGAGCCUGACAAAGUCUUCUGCAGUGGAGAGAAGGUAGCCGGCCGUGUGCUGGUGGAAGUGACCGAAGUCACCCGGGUCAGCUCCGUUAAAGUGCUGGCUUGUGGGGAGGCCAAGGUGGUCUGGAUCAAGGGACCCCAACAAUGCAAGCAGGAGAUGGAGUACCUGCGCUAUGAAGAUGUCCUCACCCUGGAUGACCAUCCCACUGAUGAGGAUGGUUCUGUGAUCUUGAGACCUGGCAACAAAUACGAAUACAAAUUCGGAUUUGAGCUUCCCCAGGGGCCUCUGGGGACCUCGUUCAAAGGGAAGUACGGCUGUGUGGAUUACUGGGUUAAGGCUUUCUUGGAUCGCCCAUCCUGUCACACUCAGGAGAUAAAGCAGCAUUUUGAGGUCAUGGAUCCUGUUGAUGUCAACACUCCAGACUUAAUGUCGCCAGUCGCUGCCAAGAAAGACAAGAAGGUGUCCUGCAUGUUCAUUCCUGAUGGGCAUGUGUCUGUCAGUGCCAGGAUUGACCGAAAAGGAUUCUGUGAAGGUGAUGAUAUCUGCAUAAAUGCGGACUUUGAGAACAUCUGCUCCCGGAUCGUGGUACCCAAAGCAGCCAUUGUUUCCAAGCAUACCUACUUGGCAAACGGGCAGACCAAGGUUUUGACCCAGAAACUUUCCUGCGUCCGAGGCAACCCCAUCAUCUCGGGCAUGUCUGAGAGCUGGCGGGGUAAAACUCUCCGGGUCAAGAAGAUCAAACCAUCCAUCCUGGGCUGCAAUAUCCUGCGGGUGGAGUACUUCUUGCAGAUCUACGCCAGCGUCCCUGGCUCCAAGAAGAUCCUUCUGGAGCUGCCUCUCGUCAUCGGUAGCAGAUCUGGGUUUGCCAGCCGCAGCUCCAGCAUGGCUAGCCAGGCUAGCUCUGAAAUGAGCUGGGUGGACCUCAAUCUCCCUGAUGCUCCAGAAGCACCUCCAUGCUACCUGGACAUCGUAUCUGAAGAUCACCGUCUGGAGAGCCCCACCACUCCCCUUCUGGAUGAUCUCGACAGUUCCUUCGACAGCCCUAUCUUCAUGUAUGCCCCAGAGUUCAAGUUCAUGCCUCCUCCCACUUACACAGAGGUGGAUCCCUGCAAUGCUAACAACAAUGUGCAGUGAGUGCCAAGAAGCAGCUGUUCCUCUGUUUCUUCUACUUUCCUGGACUCACUUUAUAUCUGCAGUGAUUGUACCUAGCCAAAGUUCAGAACGGGGUUUCAAAGCCCUGAUGCGGGAAGAAAAUGGUCCCAAGGAAGCGUGUGGUAGGGCAGCUUCUGCCAGGCUGAAAAAUGCCAGCCAGCAUGGAAGAAGGCAGAUGCAAAGGUCUUUCUUCCAAGAUGUGCUGUGUGCACAGACUUGAUGUGAUGAGCGAAAUGCCAUGUUGGUCAGAGGCUAUCGGGCCUGGCCUGCAUUCCAGAACCCUUAAGAAUCUCCCUGGAAAAUAAAUAGUUGCUUGUGUGGAAACUGUAAUGGGAGUGCAUGGGGUGGAAGAGGUGUGUGCUCUGUGGAGAGCACUUAAGAGUUAAUUUGUUAGGGAGAGGCACGAAGCCAGCAGAUUCUGACUUAAAAAAAGGCUUCUAUGCCAGAAAAACUACCAUCACCGUGCCUUGAAUCUGUUACUAUGCUGUACUGAUGAUCAGUCGUGUUUGAACACAUGAUCUAUUUCUCAGUGUUUUUGUUUUUUAAUGUCUGAAGAUUUCAAUGAAACCUGCUAUUUUAGGAUUGUAAACUUGUUGCUCUGUAAGGAUUGUUACUUGUGCUUGAGCUAGCACUGUAAAUCUCAAAGCUUUUUACAAUCCUCCUGUUGAGGAUUUUGGGUGCUGGUGGAAACACUUCUGUGCCUUGGCAAUAGGCAGAAGUGAAGAGAUCAAAUAGCAAUCGUUGAGGGGAAGAACUUAAGGUUUUAAUAUGCAAAGAAUAUUUAUGCAUGUGUUUUUUUUUGUUCUAACAAGCAAAUGAAACGUUAUCCAGUCCAAAUGUCUCCAAAGCCAAGAUUUUAUACAGUCAGUUCAGAGCAGUGUCCUAUGACUUGUUUUUAUUGCUUUGGUAGCAUUUAUUGUUCGACUUUUGAGUUUUCUGAAUCUGCCAAACAAGUGUAAGCUAAACUCCAUGAGCCUGUUGAGAAGAAUCACUAUCUCCGUCCUCUUUUGUUUUGAAUUUUUAUCGUCCUUUGUGCAGAUAAACCAAUGCACCCCCCAAAAAACCCCCAACCAUCACUACUACUUGGUUCAAUUGGCCUCAGCAGGUGCACAGAGGAGUCUGGCUGGGAUUGUGCUUCAAGGACCAGCCAAGAAAUAAACUUCUCUGUGCCCAGGCAAACCCUGAGAAUUUUCUCAUGCUUUCCCCUGCCUGCGGGUCCCAAACCCACUCUCUGGCACCAAUUGAAGAAGCUUCGAUCAAACUAUCUUGUGCAAUGUCCAGAGACCAGGGGAAAAGGCGCAUGGCCUAAAGCGACGCUGUCCCAACUUAGUCAAGUUAAACCCAAAAAAAUGACUGGAAGGUUUUCUGGUUGCGGGGGGUGGGGGCAAGGCGAGAGAAGAACUAGUAUCUUAACUCUCCCCCUCCGACUGGGUCUGUCUUCUCCUUACACAGAAAAAAGCACUUUUUCCCCCCCACUCUUGUGUAUUCAUUAACCCAGCACUGCAUGUCCUAAGUGUUUGUUCAUCUGUAUUUGGCAGAGCCAACCUUGCUGAGCCUUAGCAGCUGCCUCUGCCUGUCAUGACACGAAUCGGGUGUACUGAAUUUUUCUACUGUGGUUUUUUUGUAUUUGUUUUUGCAAAGUUUUUUAUAUUUGUACAAUUUAAGAUGUUAUAUCCACCCCCGGGGGGUGACAUUUUUAAUAAAGACAAUUGAAA